UCCAUUUCCCGCACUCACUCUCUUUCUGUCACAGUACGCACAGUCAGGGGUCACUAACUCCGUAGAUUCCUCACCGUGGACGGCGGAGAGCGACCGGUUGAGCGACGGCGAAAUCCGAAAUGUGGCGGAGGAGCUUCAGCACCGGGACGGCCGCGUUGAAGGACAAGAAAUAUGACGCGCUCGUCAUCGGUGGCGGCCACAACGGCCUCACCACCGCGGCAUACUUGGCCCGCGGCGGCCUUUCUGUCGCCGUGCUCGAGCGCCGUCACGUCAUCGGUGGGGCUGCCGUGACGGAGGAGCUGAUACCUGGCUUCAAGUUCUCCCGCUGCAGCUAUCUCCAGAGCCUCCUCCGGCCUGCCGUCAUCAAGGAGCUUGAACUGGCGAGACAUGGAUUGAAGCUGCUGAAGAGGAGUCCGUCGUCGUUCACGCCCUGUCUCGACGGCCGUUAUCUGCUGCUGGGACCUGACAGGGAACUCAAUCAUGCCGAGAUUUCGAAAUUCUCAAAACGCGACGCGGAAGCUUAUCCAAGAUAUGAACAUCAGCUGGAGAAUUUUUGUAAGUUUAUGGAUCCUCUCUUGGAUUCCCAGACUCCAGAGGCUCGGAGAGGUGCUACAUCUUUCACUGAACGAUUCAAAGAUAAAUUACAGAAAUCUGUAUUCUGGGCUCAUUGUCUGCGGCGAGCUCAGUCACUGGGACAGAAGGAUAUGGUGGACUUUAUGGACCUUUUACUGUCACCGGCUUCAAAGGUUUUGAAUAACUGGUUUGAGACAGACGUUUUAAAGGCGACGCUUGCGACAGACGCUGUGAUUGGAACAACGGCAAGUGUCCAUACUCCAGGGAGCGGAUAUGUUCUGCUACAUCAUGUUAUGGGAGAAACUGAUGGAGAUCGUGGGAUUUGGUCGUAUGUUGAAGGUGGGAUGGGUUCAGUAUCCCUGGCUAUAGGUAAUGCUGCGAAGGAAGCAGGCGCUAAUAUUAUAACAGGUGCUGAGGUUUCUCAAGUACUCGUUGAAGAGGAUGGAAGAGUAGAGGGGGUAUUGCUGAAUGAUGGGACUCGGGUGCAAUCUUCGGUUGUUCUGUCCAAUGCAACUCCUUAUAGGACAUUUGUGGAAUUAGUGCCUGACAGUGUUCUUCCUGAUGAUUUUCUCCGAGCCAUCAAGCACGCUGAUUAUUCCUCUGGUACGACAAAGAUUAAUCUAGCAGUUGACAGGUUGCCUCAGUUUGAGUCGUGCAAAUUGAAUCAUCCUGAUGCAGGUCCUCAGCAUAGAGGAACAAUUCAUAUUGGUUCUGAGAGGAUGGAAGAGAUUCACUCAGCUUGCCAAGAUGCUGUCAAUGGAGUACCGUCAAGAAGGCCAAUUAUUGAAAUGACAAUUCCAUCUGUUCUGGAUAAGACUAUAUCUCCACCUGGCAAGCAUGUAGUCAACUUGUUCAUUCAGUACACACCCUAUGACCCAUCCGAUGGUAGCUGGAAGGAUCCUGCAUAUAGAGAAUCAUUUGCACAAAGAUGUUUUUCCUUGAUCGAUGAGUACGCCCCAGGCUUCAGCUCAUCUGUCAUUGGCUAUGACAUGUUGACUCCACCAGAUCUCGAAAGGGAAAUUGGUCUGACAGGCGGGAAUAUCUUUCAUGGUGCCAUGGGUUUGGAUUCUCUCUUCCUAAUGCGACCAGUCAAGGGAUGGUCUGAUUACAGGACUCCAGUUCGAGGGCUGUACUUGUGUGGAAGCGGGGCUCACCCUGGGGGAGGUGUGAUGGGUGCACCGGGGCGCAAUGCAGCUCACGUUGUUCUUCAAGACAUCAAGCAAUCCCUCAAAUGAACUUUAUGCGAAAAGAAUAAAGCAGAGCUCGAGUUUAACAGAAUUUUCUACACUAAUCUCUGAAGAACGGAAAGUAGUUGAGGGAUCAAUUCUCAUGCUCAUCAGAAAAAGAGUCACAGCUCAUGAUCGGAUUCAGAUGAUACUUGUGGAGAUUCACUCUGGGAAACCUAUGUGGACUUAAGUCAGAAAUAAUCCAGUUAUGCGCUUGUGUAUUGUUUAUUCGCCGAGACGCACAAUUCCACCUAUGAGCUUGUAAACGAUUUAUAAGCUGCAGCUUCCCUGUAACAUGAUUGUAUUCGGUUGACACUGACAAAGACAUUAGUGGCUGAUUCCUGUGUAUGACAUUCCAUAAAGACACUUCAGCAUCUGUGGUAUUUUUCCAUGACGGUCGGGAAAGCUUAA